AUGGACCCCAUUCGUCAAAGGCGGACCCAAUUGUUGAUGAUUGGCCCUUCCCAUAAUCCUACCACUGAAUCGCUUGAACUUGUACCUGAGGCUCCAGCCGCUUCCCCAAAUUGCACACCAACAGCGGCACCAUCCAAAAAGCAGGUUCUGGAUCCACCAAGCCCGAAAGACCUUGCUGCCAUUAGGAACAACCAGACCAUUCCGGGAGACAACACAUUAUCUAAGGGCAACUGGAAUGCCAACAUUUUGAUCAAUGUCAAGGGUGAUUCUGGACUGACUCCCUUGUUGGAUUCAAUUCAAGAGCUCUUGCUUCCGGCCUUGGCUGGUUGCACUAAUGGCGAUCAGCGAAAGCUCAUCGUAUUGGCACAACCAGAACCUCGAAAGAAAUAG